GUGAGAGCUCCUCACUCCCCGUGAGUUCGGUCUGGGACAGGAACCGAGGCUGUAAGUGCACUUCACUCCCGGUGGGAUUUGUCUGAGAUAGGGACCGAGGUUCUUGCUUUUUAACAGUUUUGGUCUUUGGGGGAAAACGCAAACAACCCCAAAGCAACACCCCACUCAAGUCAGAAAUGGGUGUGGUACUGACUCUGUGCUUUUGUUCUGCUUUAAAAGCGCGUUAGUGUCAGAGGGAAUUUAUUUCUCUCACCACCGUCGCCUCUGUCUGCUCAUCAGGGAUAAAUUCAUACAUUUAAAAUGAAUAUCCUGAACUGAUAUAUUUCUGUAAAGCUGCUCUGGGACACCGUCCACUGUUAAAAGCGUUAUACAAAUAAAACUGGAUUGGAGUUUAAGUCUUCAGUCGGACUUUGAGAAAAGUUUUGCAGCUGCAUCGGUGUGUAAUUCUGAGGAGGAAAAAGAAUGAAGUCGGUUUUAAUGUCUGUGUACCUGUUGCUGCUGCAGUGCCACGCCUUUAUCGUCAGAGAAAUCAUAGUGAAUGAACCCGUCACCUUCCCGUGUACCUGCUCUGGACCUUGUCCGGUGGGUCGGUGGACCCGCUUCAUUCCCGGCAACGCCGUGAUUGCUGAAGGCCGGAUGUGUCGCAGUGAACAGCGUUAUCAGAAAAGAUUUGCAGUACCAGGAGAUCAGAGCAGAGGAGACUUCUCCCUGAAGAUCAGUUCAGUCGCCUACAAUGAUGCCGGCUCCUACAGGUGCAGCUGUAAUGGAGAAUCAGUUACUGAAGUCAAAAUGAAAGUUAUUGUUCCGACGGGCGUAAAGGCUUUCGAGGGGGAGAUCGUCACCCUCCCGUGCUACGGAGACACUCGACGAGAUGUUAAAGACGUCAAAUGGAAGAAAGAUGGACAAAAGGUUCUGCUGUACACUCAUGCAACCAGAUCAGUGACUACCGAUGAAGCAUCAGAAAGCAGAUUUAUGAUGUCAGUAGAACGCUUUCUAGACGGUGAUCUCUCUCUUCACAUCGGUUCAGUUCGCCUGUCUGAUGCAGGAGUAUAUCAGUGUCUGAUCCAUGAUGAAUCUCAGGACGGAGAACCGCGAGCUGUUUUACUGAAGGUAGAAGGGCUACAAGAGUUAACAACCACCAACAGCGCUGAAGUUACAGUGCGGCCUGUUCUACUAGGAUUGAUCAUCGCUGUAGGACUCAUCGGACUGACAUUUACAUUGUGAGAAGAUUCAGAGAUGAUCCUCCAAUAAAUCCAGGACUGUAGGAUUUUUAGUUUUUUCCCAUGCAACCCUGCUCUGUUGUCCCAUGUGUUCAUUGUCCUGUGUAUUUAUUGUUCAGUGUAUUUAUUGUCCUGUGUAUGUAUUGUUCAGUGUAUUUAUUGUCCUGCACUUGUCUCACACUGUUGGGUAUUUGCACUUUAUGUAGUCUUAUGUACUGCUAUGUGUUGCACCAGUGGUCCUGGAGAAAUGGCAUUACUUUCCUACGUAUAUAGAGGAAUAACAAUAAAACCCCACCUGACCCGA